AUGCAAUGUGGAUUCGCUUUUCUCGAAGCAGGAGCUGUUAGAAGUAAAAAUUGUACAAAUAUUCUAAUUAAAAAUGUUUUGGAUUCGCUUCUCGGAAUUCUUGGUUAUUGGGCAAUUGGAUGGGCUUUGGCUUAUGGACCUAAUUCAAACAAUUUUCUUGACCAUUUUUUCGGUUUUAGUCAAUUCUUUGUUAUUGGCCUACAAAAUUAUGCAAAAUUCUUUUUUCAAUUUGUUUUUGCUGCUACAGCUGCUACAAUAAUUUCUGGGGCGGUUGCGGAAAGGGCAGAAUUUGCUUGUUUUUUAACCUAUUCACUUUUAAUUACUUCAUUUUGUUACCCUAUACUAACACAUUGGGGGUGGACUCCAAAUGGAUGGAUGGCUAGAGGGUUUGACCCUAGCCUUGGACUUGAACAACAUUUUUUGGAAAAUAGUACUUUAAACAACAAUAGUAGUGAAACAAACAUUACAACAAUUACAAACACAACAACAACAUUCAGAACAACUUAUGUUGAUUUUGCUGGGUCUGGAAUGGUACAUCUCUGUGGCGGAACAAUUUCUUUAAUAGCAGCAUUGCUUAUCGGCCCAAGAAUUGGCCGUUUUCCAGAGAAAGAAGCUAGGCAGAAAAAUAAAGUUAAAAAAGGAAAACAACAACGAAUUACUCCAAUGAGAAAUGUUGGGGCAGAAGGAAAAUUACCAAAAAUUGCAGAAAUUAAGGGGCAUUCAGUGCCUUUUGCCUCUCUUGGUGGAUUUAUUUUAAUGUUUGGAUUUCUUGCUUUCAAUGGAGGAUCAACAGGAGAAAUUUCAACUAAAGGUGUUGGGCAAAUAGUAGCCAAAGUUAUGGUUAAUACUAUUUUGUGUGGGGCUUUUGCUGCUUUGUCUUAUUUGUUUGUUCAUUUUAUCAGAAAAGGAAAGUGGACAAUUUUGUUGACAAUUAAUGCAUGUUUAACUGGUAUGUUUUUAAUAAAUUCUGAUUUUGUUGCUUUUGAACAAAACAAAAUCAGAAUAAAAUCAAAACAUCCUCAAAACUUAAUCAAAACAUAG